AUGCCGCCAAAGUCCAACUGGGAAAAGUAUGAAAAGAAGGUCGAUGACAAGAAGGAGGAAAAGAUCGUGGCUCUCGACGACAGUGACAUUCAAAUUCUGAAAACUUAUGGUCAAGGCCCAUAUGCUGCCAAAUUGAAGGAUGUGGAAAAGGACAUCAAAGAUAUUCAGAAGCGGAUAAAUGAGAAGCUAGGAGUAAAGGAAUCGGACACCGGUCUGGCUUCUCCAAAUCUUUGGGAUUUGGCCGCGGACCGGCAACGAAUGGGAGAAGAACAUCCCUUGCAAGUCGCACGUUGCACAAAGAUCAUUCCAGUGGAUCCCAAACUCGCCGAGGCUGCUAAAGCUGUGAAUGCUCAAGGCGCUUUACAAGGACAGAAAGGUGCUGACGAGCAAGACAAAUAUGUUAUCAACAUCAAGCAAAUUGCCAAAUUCGUCGUCGGACUAGGUGACCGUGUCGCAGCAACUGAUAUCGAAGAAGGGAUGCGUGUUGGCGUUGAUCGAACAAAGUAUCAAAUACAAAUACCUUUACCACCCAAGAUCGACGCGUCCGUGACGAUGAUGCAAGUUGAGGAGAAGCCUGAUGUAACCUAUUCGGACAUAGGAGGAUGUAAAGAACAGAUUGAAAAGCUACGAGAAGUUGUCGAAACACCUCUACUCUCUCCGGAACGCUUUGUCAACCUUGGUAUUGACCCACCCAAGGGGGUGCUUCUAUUUGGCCCGCCAGGAACGGGAAAGACUCUUUGCGCUCGUGCUGUCGCCAACCGAACCGACGCCACUUUUAUUCGGGUGAUUGGCUCUGAACUAGUCCAAAAGUAUGUCGGCGAAGGUGCGCGCAUGGUACGCGAGUUGUUUGAGAUGGCACGUAGCAAAAAGGCAUGCAUCAUUUUCUUUGAUGAAGUGGAUGCCAUUGGUGGUGCUCGGUUUGAUGAUGGUGCUGGAGGCGAUAAUGAGGUGCAGCGAACGAUGUUGGAGUUGAUCAACCAACUGGAUGGCUUUGAUCCGCGAGGAAACAUCAAGGUGUUAAUGGCUACGAAUCGGCCAGACACCCUUGAUCCUGCUCUCCUCCGCCCUGGGCGUUUAGAUCGUCGAGUAGAAUUCUCAUUACCCGAUAACGAAGGUCGGGCCCACAUUCUGAGAAUUCAUGCUAGGAGUAUGAGUGUGGAGCGCGAUAUUCGAUUUGAUCUCAUUGCACGACUCUGCCCCAACACGACUGGAGCGGAGCUGCGAUCUGUUGCAACGGAGGCGAGUGAUGAUUCCUCUCUUCCUGCUGGGAUGUUUGCCAUAAGAGCUCGACGGAAGGUAGCGUCGGAACGUGAUUUCUUGGACGCAGUGGAAAAGGUGGUGAGACAGGGUACCAAGUUUUCGAGCACUCCACUCUACCAAGUAUACAAUUAGAGGAUUACUUUGAUAUUUCACUUGUACUUUGUAUUUCUUCUGUUAAUUACCGCUUCCUCUUUC